UAGUCGUACGCUCUGACGUCAGCGCGUUCGGAAGAACGUGUGUGCGUAACGUUUCCGUGUGCUCUCGGCGGUUCUGCUCGCUGUGGGGUGUUCUGAACGGCCGGCAUCAUGGCCUCCACUGCGGCGGGGAAGCAAAGGAUCCCUAAAGUCGCUAAGGUCAAGAAUAAAGCCCCGGCUGAGGUGCAGAUAACAGCCGAGCAGUUGCUUAGAGAAGCUAAGGAGCGAGAACUUGAAUUACUGCCACCUCCUCCCAAGCAGAAGAUCACAGAUGAAGAGGAACUUAAUGACUACAAGCUAAGGAAGAGAAAAACCUUUGAAGAUAAUAUAAGAAAAAACAGAACUGUUAUUAGUAACUGGAUAAAGUAUGCACAAUGGGAGGAGAGUCUAAAGGAGGUGCAAAGAGCUCGAUCGAUAUACGAACGUGCCUUAGAUGUGGAUCACAGGAAUAUUACAUUAUGGCUCAAGUACGCCGAGAUGGAGAUGAAGAAUCGCCAGGUUAACCAUGCACGCAACAUCUGGGACAGAGCAAUCACCAUCCUUCCCAGAGUCAACCAGUUCUGGUACAAAUAUACCUACAUGGAGGAGAUGCUGGGAAAUGUGGCGGGCACAAGGCAAGUAUUUGAACGCUGGAUGGAGUGGCACCCUGAAGAACAAGCUUGGCAUUCUUACAUCAACUUUGAGCUUCGGUACAAGGAGGUGGACAGAGCGCGUACCAUAUAUGAAAGAUUUGUCAUUAUACACCCUGAUGUAAAGAACUGGAUCAAGUACGCCCGCUUUGAAGAAAGGCACGGCUAUAUAGCUCAUGCAAGGAAGGUUUAUGAGCGUGCUGUGGAGUUUUUUGGGGAGGAUCACAUGGAUGAGAAUCUGUAUGUAGCAUUUGCCAAAUUUGAGGAAAAUCAAAAAGAGUCAGAACGGGUGCGUGUCAUAUACAAAUAUGCCCUGGACAGAAUCUCGAAGCAGCAAGCCCAAGAGCUGUUUAAAAACUAUACUAUUUUUGAAAAGAAGUAUGGUGACCGUCGAGGUAUUGAAGAUAUCAUUGUGAAUAAGAGGAGGUUUCAAUAUGAGGAAGAAGUCAAGGCAAACCCUCACAAUUAUGAUGCCUGGUUUGACUACCUGCGCUUGGUGGAAAGUGACACAGAUGCAGACACUGUCAGAGAAGUGUAUGAACGGGCCAUAGCCAAUGUCCCACCUACAAAAGAGAAAAGGCACUGGAAGAGAUAUAUCUACUUAUGGAUUAAUUAUGCCUUGUAUGAAGAGCUAGAGGCAAAGGACCCAGAGAGGACCAGACAAGUAUAUCAGGCUUGCUUAGAGCUAAUACCCCACAAAAAGUUUACUUUUGCAAAGAUAUGGUUAAUGUAUGCACAGUUCGAAAUCAGACAAAAGAAUCUUCCAUUUGCUCGAAAAGCAUUGGGCACCUCUAUUGGAAAAUGCCCCAAGUACAAGCUGUUUAAGGGUUACAUAGAGCUGGAGCUGCAGCUCCGAGAAUUUGACCGCUGUAGGAAACUGUACGAAAAGUUCCUGGAAUUUGCUCCAGAAAACUGCACCACGUGGAUUAAGUUUUCAGAACUGGAAACCAUUCUAGGCGAUGUGGACAGAGCCCGCGCUGUGUAUGAGUUGGCUAUUGGACAACCACGACUUGAUAUGCCUGAGGUUCUCUGGAAAUCUUAUAUUGAUUUUGAAAUAGAACAAGAGGAGUUUGAGAAGACAAGAAAUCUAUAUCGGAGACUUCUGCAGAGAACACAGCAUGUCAAGGUCUGGAUAAGCUUCGCACAGUUUGAGUUAACUACCGGAAGUGAGGAGACGUUAGUGAAAUGUAGACAGAUCUAUGAGGAAGCAAAUAAAACUCUGAGAAAUUGCGAGGAGAAGGAAGAGAGGCUGAUGUUACUGGAGUCCUGGAGGAGCUUUGAGCAGGAGUUUGGAAGUGAAUCCACACAACACAGGGUGGCUAAGCUCAUGCCAGAAAGGGUCAAGAAAAGAAGAAAGCUCCAAGCAGAAGAUGGGUCUGAUGCUGGUUGGGAGGAAUACUAUGACUACAUAUUUCCAGAAGAUGCAGCCAAUCAGCCCAAUCUUAAGCUGCUUGCCGUGGCCAAACUCUGGAAGAAGCAUCAGAAAAAUGAAGAGGAGCAGGAUGUGGAUGACAAUGGACAAGAUCCUGAUAAAGACAUUGAUGAGAGCUCUUCCUGACACACAAGUGCAUAGGAGUUUUGCUGUUUUUGGCUUUUUUUUUUUUUUUUUUUUUUUUUACUGCCCUUACUGCCCUUUGUAU